AUUUUUUCCCCCUGUCGGGCUUUCUCUUUGCGUCCCUUGUGUCCCUCGCGUCCUUGGCUGGCUCCAGCCCUGCCGCCCGAAGGCGCUGUAGAACCCGCAGUUCAGCCCCGCCGCCUUCUUAGGUCGCCUAGCCCCGCCUGGCACAUUCCUCGGUGUUGUCUGCCCUCACGUUGCCCGCAUUGACCAGCUCCAAACAUGUCUGCCCACCUGCAAUGGAUGGUCAUCCGGAACUGCUCCAGUUUCCUGAUCAAAAGGAACAAGCAGACGUACAGCACCGAACCCAAUAAUCUUAAGGCUCGCAACUCCUUUCGCUACAACGGGCUGAUUCACCGCAAGACGGUGGGCGUGGAGCCAGCGGCCGAUGGCAAAGGUGUGGUGGUCGUGAUGAAGCGGAGAUCUGGCCAACGAAAGCCGGCCACCUCCUAUGUGCGGACCACCAUCAACAAGAACGCCCGGGCCACCCUUAGCAGCAUCCGGCACAUGAUCCGCAAGAACAAGUACCGACCAGACCUGCGCAUGGCCGCCAUACGCAGGGCCAGCGCCAUCCUGCGCAGCCAGAAGCCCGUGAUGGUGAAGAGGAAGCGGGCCCGCCCGACCAAGAGCUCCUGAGCACCCCCUUCUUCCCCAAAGCAAUAAAGGUAUCAGCCAACCUUCUUCAA